AUGGCGACUCUGCGCAGCCAAGGUGUGCGCCUGAUUAUCUAUCUGGACGACCUGCUGAUUAUGGCAUCGUCGGCGGCGGAAGCACUGGAGCACUUGCGCCGGGCAAUUCAGUUGUUACAUCAACUGGGAUUUCUCAUCAACUUCAAGAAGUCGGUGUUGACUCCUGCCCAGAACAUCUCAUUCUUGGGCUUCGAAGUGGACUCUCGUGCCAUGGAGAUGCGGGUGCCUCCGGAGAAGAUCCGGAAGCUUCGCCAGGAGUGCACCAAGCUUCUGCUGCAGCCACGGGUGACUGUUCGCACGUUAGCCUGUCUGUUGGGGCGCUUGACAUCCCUUUCUCCGGGUCUGCUAACAGCGCCGCUCCGUUACCGGCAUCUGCAGGAGCUCAAGAUCCUAGCUCUUCGCGAGUCCCAGUCUUACGAGGCGACCGUCCAGUGGACACCCGACGCCAGGCUGGAUUUACAGUGGUGGAAAGAGCGACUGUCCGACUGGAACGGGAAGUCAUUGGUUCGCCCACCCUGCAAUCUGGUGGUGUUCUCGGAUGCGUCCCUCGAUGGCUGGGGAGCAGUGUGCAGGGAUCAACAGGUGGGCGGCCGGUGGACUCGGGCAGAGCAUUCCAUGCACAUCAAUGCCCUCGAGUUGACAGCGGCGUUUCUGGCACUUCAGGCCUUCCACCGGGUGGCGUUGGACCGUCCGCUUCAUGUUCGCCUGUUUGUGGACAAUACCACUUGCCAGGCUUACCUCAACAAGAUGGGCGGCACACAUGCCCCGCACUUGUCCCAGCUGGCCUGCCAGGUGUGGGAGUGGUGUCUGGAACGUGGCAUCACAGUUCAAGCCGAGUACAUACUGUCGGCGGAGAACCCGGCCGAUGCCCCGUCCCGUCAGGGGGUCGAUUCGAGCGACUGGAUGCUCGAUCCAGUAGUGUUCCGGGGCCUUUGCCAACACUUCCAGGUGCAGCCGGCGAUCGACCUGUUUGCGUCACGGACCAAUGCCCAGUUGGACAGCUUUGUGUCCUGGGGGCCCCAACCCGGAGCACUGGAUGUGGAUGCUCUUGCCAUAUCAUGGGCCGAUCAAUGCCUGUAUGCGUUUCCACCCUUUGCUCUCUUGCCGAGGGUUCUGCACAAAGUGCGCCAGUCCCCGGGGUGCAGAGUGUUGCUGGUGGCACCAGUGUGGGAUGCGCAGCCAUGGUAUCCGCUCCUGCUCCAUCUUCUGGUAGCAUGUCCAGUUCUAUUACCGGGCCAUCCAGCGCUCCUCACCUCACCGCUGGAUCAACCUCAUCCCAUGGUGCUGGGCGGUCAUCUCCAACUAGCCGGCUGGCUCAUCUCUCCCGAUCCUAUGCGGCGGCAGGCCUUUCAUCAGGCACUAUUGCCCUCAUCCUGGGAUCAUGGCGGGACUCCACCAACUCGGCCUAUUCGUCAGCAUGGACAGCUUGGCACAGUUGGUGUUCUGAACGGCGGAUUGAUUCCUUUCAGCCGCCUGUGUCACAACUGCUUCCAGGAGUAUGUCAGGCGCACAGCUCCUCACCGUCAGACUGCUCAUCCGCAGAUUUUCCUCAGCCUGCGGCAGCCUUUCAAGCCGGUGACAUCGUCCUCUAUAGCCAGGUGGAUAAAGGAUGGUAUGACUGCGGCCGGAGUGGACACAGCGAUAUUCUCAGCCCAUUCGUUGCGUGGGGCUGCUACAUCGGCCGCGCAUGCCGGUGGGGUAUCCUUAGCGGAUAUCUUGCACCAAGCCGAUUGGUCAUCAGCAUCUACCUUUCGGCGUUUCUAUCUGUUGCCAGUGGACGCGAGCCCUGCACGGACAGCGGCAGAUCAGUUCACGGCCACGGUUCUUCGACGGACUUAG